UGUAGUUCACGUGAUCUGUCUACUACCCUACUGAAAAUAGGAACAAUGUUCUCAAGAACACAAACAGUAAAAAAUCAAGCUACUCUGACUGGCCUGAUGAUACAGUUCAAAGGCGUAUUUGGUAUGGAGUGAGGCAAGUUUUAUUUUUCUUUCUAAAUAUGUUAUGGUGUGUUUUAGCUUUCAGUUGAGUGAUAUUAUGGACAAAAACCCCAACUGUUAAUGGUAGACUGGUAGACUUUUUAGAAGUCUGGCUUAUUGUUUAAUUCGUUAUGGCUCAUCUCAGCCAAAUGUAUGCUAACGACUGACAUUUAACCACACCCAGACAAUUGUUUAGGUGUUGUUUAGUCAGUUAAAGAUACCUUUGACAAUAGGUUAAUAGCCUUCUCACCGGCAGACCUGAAUCAUACAACUAUCUCACCACCAACUGAAGGUGUGGUGUCUGCAGUUUAAGCAGGUUCUUUAUAAGGAUGCGGGGCCGGUACCGCGCUUGGCAACUGGAAGCCUUGGCUCUCCUGUAUCAGGUGCGCACUCGUAACACGCAGAGCAGAAGGAUUACCCCAUCCACUUACGGAGGCAACACAGAGGUUAGCCCUCUAGUCACCCAGGUGUGCCGUGGCACCUUGACUAAAACUCAGGCAGGCCUAAGGGGUAUGACAAUCGCGGAAAGAGCGCGCGAAAGCAUGUUCUCGCGCCUGAUGGACGCUCUCUCCCAGAUAAUCGCGAUAGAGGAGGGCAUGUACACCGACGAGUCACAGGACGGUAAUACAUUAUCAGUAUUUCCAAAGGACAGCGUUGACCUGAAGAACAUUUGUCUGCGUUUGGCCGAAAAUGACUCCAGGAACUCUCCAAACGACAGAGAUUUGCGCGACCUUCAAGGAUGUUUGAAAUGCAUAGCUGAAAACCUGUUGUCCGUAUGUAAUGAAAACGACGCCGCAGGCCUCUUUGUGUCUAGAAAGCUCAAGGACAUCUGUGACACCUUCCCAGAAAUGUGGUGAAUCAUGAUGAACUACAUUGAACACUUUUAUGGUCUCACCGACUUCACCAAUGUUUUCGGCCAUAUAUCGUUUGACGGUAUUUUAACAAACUCCACAGGAUUUUGCCAGUUGUUUUACAGAGAAAUCCGGUUUUGCCUCUACCAUGGCAGAGGAUUAACUGUCACACUGCCUUGCAGAUUUUCCUGAAUAGCCGGUAGUACUUGGCCAUACAUGAACAAAAGUCGAGUGUCGUGUUUGUACCAUGAGAGCCUACAUUCCCAUGAAACUGUAAUAAUUGUUUUACAGAACAUAGGUUACAGACUACAGAUUAAAACCGAAUUAGCGAAGGCUGUUGUGGAAUAAAUGUACUUUGCAUUUUACAUGUGAUUUAGACAUUAAACAUUUAACACAGAGGUAAUACACUAAGUACAUCACUUGUGAAUAAGUUAUUUGCAUGAUAAUAAUGUCCAAAAUAAUAAAAAAGGUCAGGAACAACGAAAUGAAAAAGCCUGCAAUAGUGAAUUAUUAAUAUGAUGUUUUGUAUUUGUUUUCCAUAAAUUGUAUGGUUUAGUGUUACCGAGAAUAAUUACUUAUAAAUGA